AUGAAGGAGGAGAGAGAGGAUGUGUUGUCAUGGCCUCUCAUCGGAGAGAAAGAUAAGAAGAGUAGUGGACUAAAGGAGGAAGUGAAGAAGCAGCUAUGGCUAGCGGGACCACUGAUCGGAGUGAGUCUUCUUCAGUUUUGUCUGCAAGUAAUCUCAGUCAUGUUCGUCGGACAUCUUGGCUCUCUUCCUCUCUCCGCUGCUUCCAUUGCCACCUCCUUCGCCUCCGUCACCGGCUUCACCUUCCUCAUGGGAACAGCAAGUGCGUUGGACACAGUUUGCGGCCAAUCAUACGGAGCAAAAAUGUACGGAAUGUUGGGGAUACAGAUGCAAAGAGCAAUGCUUGUUCUUACACUCUACUCUAUUCCUCUCUCCAUCAUCUGGGCCAACACAGAGCACUUCCUCGUCUUCUUCGGCCAAGACAAAUCCAUCGCUCAUCUCGCUGGCUCAUACGCCAGAUUCAUGAUCCCUAGCAUCUUCGCCUACGGUCUUCUUCAAUGUCUCAACAGGUUUUUGCAGGCACAGAACAAUGUGUUCCCCGUGGUGAUCUGUUCUGGAGUCAUCACUGCGCUACAUUUAAUCCUCUGUUGGAUCCUGGUGCUAAAAUCUGGUCUAGGGUUUAAAGGAGCUGCUGUUGCGAAUGCGAUCUCUUAUUGGCUUAAUGUCAUUCUCUUGUCGUGUUACGUCAAGUUCUCGCCUUCUUGCUCACUGACGUGGACCGGUUUCUCUAAGGAGGCUCUCCGCGAUAUCAUCCCUUUUAUGAAGCUAGCUAUUCCUUCUGCUCUUAUGGUCUGCUUAGAGAUGUGGUCCUUUGAAUUUUUGGUUCUCUCGUCCGGACUUCUUCCGAACCCAGUUUUAGAAACUUCUGUCCUAUCAAUCUGCCUUAAUACAUCUGGAACAAUCUGGAUGAUCCCAUUUGGCCUCGGUGGCGCCGCAAGCACAAGGGUGUCGAACGAGUUAGGAGCUGGGAAUCCCAAAGUGGCUAAGCUUGCGGUUCGUGUGGUGCUGAGCAUUGCAAUCAUAGAGAGUAUAAUAGUUGGAUCGGUUUUGAUAAUGAUAAGGAACUUCUGGGGAUUCGCUUACAGUAAUGACCUCAAAGUAGUCUCAUAUGUAGCCUCCAUGCUGCCUAUUCUCGCCUUGGGACACUGCCUAGACAGUUUCCAAAGCGUUCUUUCAGGGGUUGCUAGAGGAUGUGGAUGGCAGAAGAUAGGAGCUUUUGUGAAUCUUGGAUCAUAUUAUCUUGUCGGAGUUCCUCUCGGUUUGUUACUUGGUUUUCACUUUCACGCCGGUGGUCGGGGGCUUUGGAUGGGAAUUAUAUGUGCACUCGUGGUUCAAGGUGUAUGUCUUUCCCUCAUCACCCUUUUCACAAAUUGGGAUGAAGAGGUCAAGAAGGCUACAAGCAGAAUUGAGUCUUCUUCAGAUGUGAAGGAUUUUGCAGACGACAAUGGGUCAAUCAUUGUAUUAUGA